ACAAAAUUUAUUGGAUGGUUUGCUUCUUGCUUACGAGACAACCUGAAGAAACCCUUGUGCCAUCUCCCGUCGCUUUAUACAGCAAAAUCUCCGGCUUUCUCUGAAUUCGAGAAUUUGCGAAGAUGACGCAAGACGCUGAGAUGAAGGAGCUUCCUCCUCCCAUUUCUUCUUCUGCUGCUCCAACUUCUCCUUCAACGUUACAACAUUUGAAAGAGAUUGUGUCGCUUCUUGAAACCGGUGCGUAUGCACGGGAAGUCCGGCGAAUCGUUCGAGCUAUUCGUCUGACUAUGGCGUUGAGGCAGAAAUUGAAGGCGUCUGUUCUUUCUCCAUUUCUGAAUUUUGCUCUCCCGCCAGGAUCCGAUGUGCACACAAGGUUAUCAUCAUUUAUUCCGAAGGAGGAUGACUACGAAAUGGAUAUUGACUCGGAAACAAAGGCAUUAACUCAGGCACCUGUAAAACAUCCCUUACCUGAGAUAGAGAUUUUCUGCUAUUUGCUUUUGCUAGUAUUUCUGAUUGAUCAGAAGAAAUAUGGCGAGGCUAAGGCUUGUGCUUCAGCUAGCAUUGCCCGAUUGAAGAACUUGAAUAGAAGAACGGUUGAUGUGCUAUCAUCUAGGCUUUACUUUUAUUACUCGCUUAGCUACGAACUCACUGGUGAUCUUGCGGAAAUAAGAGGUAACCUCCUGGCCCUGCAUCGCAUUGCAACGUUACGCCAUGAUGAAUUGGGUCAGGAAACCCUCCUCAACCUACUACUUCGAAAUUACCUCCAUUACAAUCUUUACGAUCAAGCAGAGAAGUUGAGGUCCAAGGCACCCCGAUUUGAAGCUCACUCAAACCAGCAGUUCUGUAGGUACCUAUUUUACCUAGGCAAGAUCAGGACCAUUCAGCUGGAAUAUACAGAUGCGAAGGAGUCUCUUCUACAAGCUGCCCGAAAAGCACCUAUCGCAGCGCUUGGUUUUCGAGUACAAUGCAACAAAUGGGCAAUCAUUGUUCGCUUAUUGUUAGGAGAAAUCCCUGAGAGGACUGUUUUUAUGCAGAAAGGCAUGGAGACAGCUCUGAGGCCAUACUUUGAACUUACAAAUGCUGUGAGAAUUGGCGACUUGGAGCUUUUCAGAACUGUUGCUGAUAAGUUCUCUAGUACUUUCAGCUCAGAUCGAACCAACAAUUUGAUCGUGAGGCUGCGACAUAAUGUAAUCAGAACUGGGCUGCGCAACAUUAGCAUAUCAUAUUCGCGCAUUUCUCUGGCUGAUAUUGCUAAAAAGCUGAGACUGGACUCUGAAAAUCCCAUUGCUGAUGCUGAGAGUAUCGUCUCUAAGGCAAUCCGAGAUGGAGCAAUUGAUGCCACGGUUGAUCACGCGAAGGGAUGGAUGGUAUCCAAGGAGACUGGAGACAUCUACUCUACCAAUGAGCCUCAAAUUGCCUUCAACUCAAGGAUUGCAUUCUGCCUGAAUAUGCACAAUGAGGCAGUUCGUGCUCUCAGGUUCCCACCAAACUCCCACAAAGAAAAGGAAAGUGCUGAGAAAAGGAGAGAAAGACAGCAGCAGGAGCAAGAACUUGCUAAGCAUAUAGCCGAAGAAGACGAUGACGACUUUUAACUGAUUCAGUGCGAGACUCAGCUCAAUUCGAGACGUGGGAGCCAAUCAGAUGUACAACUUCAUCCAGGUAUGCUGGUCAGAAAGUUUUUGAUGCAUUGAUUCAAUCAUCUUUUUCCCUUUUUUUUACCAUGAAUCUAUCGUGUUCGUAACGCCACACCGGUUGUUUCAUUCAUAGAACAUACUUGAGAUGCCCAUCUUAUUUGGUGAAACUCUUCUAAAUUGUAACAUGAGCUUUUGGAUUUUGUUCAUGCCAUUUUGUAGUUGAUAUUAUGGGAGCCUUUUACAUGGCUUUUCCUAACUCAAUGUGCUGCACAAUUCUAGGUUGCAUAAAUCCCCA